AACAGAAGUCUGUGUUUUUGCAGUAGAGAGUGCGUGUCUGUCUCCUGCUGGUGGUUGCCGAAGAGAGCAGCCGUUAAGCAAGGACGUAUUUAUUCGAGCGGAUUGGAGUGCGACAAUGCCCAGAUAGUGACCGGUUGGCGAGAUGUUGCCAAUCCAUAUCGACGAUAAGGAGUAUAAAUUCCGAAGUGCUCCGGGCCGUCUGAGAGAAUGGCUGCUACACUGGCUGAGAGUCAUCAUUUCGGACCAAGGGACUCGAAAUUUGUUCUUGUUUCUCUGUCUCAAUCUGGGAUUCGCUUUCGUCGAACUCAUAUAUGGCGUCUGGACGAACAGCUUGGGUCUUAUAUCGGACUCGUUCCACAUGUUCUUCGACUGCUCGGCUUUGGUCACCGGAUUGGUUGCUUCGAUCAUCAUGAAAUGGAGACCGAAUGAAAGAUUCACCUAUGGAUACGUGAGAGCCGAGGUCAUGGCGGGCUUCGUCAACGGGCUCUGCCUAGUCUUCGUCGCUUUCUACAUUCUUUCUGAAUCCGUCGAGCGACUCAUCGAGCCGCCUGAAGUCAAACACGACCGUCUAUUCCUCGUUUCCGUCGCUGGACUCAUCGUGAAUCUUGUCGGAAUUUUCGCUCUGAACCACGGAGGACACGGUCAUUCGCACGAUGGUGGCGGACAUAACCAUUCACACGGCGGACACGGCCACAGCCACGGAGGCUCUCCCAAAGGCGAAAACAUACUCCUUAGUAUGGGUGUACUCCUUCACAUCAUUGCUGACACCAUGGGCUCGGUCGGCGUGAUCGUCUCCGCUAUUCUGAUGCAACAAUUCGGCUGGAUGAUCGCCGAUCCGAUCUGCUCGAUGUUCAUUGCCUUGUUGAUUUUGAUUAGUGUCUACCCGUUGUUGAAAGAGUCGGUGUCCGUUCUAAUGCAGAGAGUGCCACACACGCUAGACAAUCAGCUCCAAAGCUGUUUCCAACGAGUCGCGUCUCUCGACGGCGUCUACAGUGUACAGGACAAACAUUUUUGGACAUUAUGCAGUGGAGUGUACAUUGGCAAUUUGAAAUUGGAGGUGGCCCGUCGGGCGGACCUCAAUGCCAUCUUGCUGCAUACUCACGCGAUCUUCAAGCAGAUCGGGGUCGAUAAGCUCUUCGUGCAGACAGAGUAUGCAGCGAUGUGAAGAGCGAACUUACAUUCCAUGCUGUGGUGUAAUCCAUCUGCGUCUCUUGCCGGUGGCAUUUUCCGCGACAGAGAGAAGAUGGUGCGAGGAUACGUGAAUUCAUUGACGGGAGUAGGUGCAAUGAGUGGCAGCAAAGUUAUUAGAAUCAUCAUCAUGUCACGAUGUUGACUGACCGCUGUUUGGAUGCUUGGACUAUAUUCUCAAAUAGAGCUGUACAUACUUUCUAUUGUAGCGCUUAGUUUUAAUUCAACAAAUUUUGGACUGGGACGAAGGACACGAUCAAACGGUCUGAGAGGAGUGAGCGCAUAGAUCUUUACCCGGUAAGGAG